UGCAGGCGGACCCGCCUCCUACGGAAACACAGGAGGUCUCCUAACACGUGAUUGAUUCAGUAUGGCGAAGCUGCUGGCCCGAUGAUUUCUACAGUACCGACGGGUCCUAAAACCCUGCUCUGUGGAUGCUGCUCGGACACUAGGAGAUGCCUGACUGUUUGCUGGAAGGAAUCCACCACUGAGGUCUCCACCUGUGGCUCAGAGUGAUGAAGCCUUAAGGAACAACUCCUCUCUGUCCCUUCUCGGCCUGACGCCUCCACCUGGCAGCAGAGACUUGGCUGGGAAGCACAUGGUGGUCUCUCCAGCCACCACAGAGGUGCACUGACACCCUCACCGCUCACCUCGCCUCCUCUGUCAAGUCUGCCUGGCAACGACGACCACAAGAAUGAGCUCUCACACUCGAUCAGGUAGCUUGACCAGCAAGGAUCAACCUCUGGAACUUCUUAAACCAGCCACAAACAACCAUUUUGUGGACGUGAGCUCGGCAGCACUGCCCAUGCAGGUGCCCCCAACAACCACAGCCAUCCUCCCCAUGGACCUGCGCGUCGUAGACCACCACCACCACCACCACCAGCAGCCUACUUUUGGCCUGGUACCCCAACCCCACCCAACACCACCCACCUCCACAUCUUGUCCCACAUCCUCCGAGCCAGGCCGUGGGCCAGUCAUAAACCACCGGGAGCACCAGCUGCAGCAGGAGUUGGUGUCUCUCAAACACAAGCAGCAGCUCCAGCGACAGCUACUGAUCGCAGAGUUCCAGAGGCAGCAUGAACAGCUGUCCCGACAACAUGAAGUCCAACUGCAAGAACAUAUCAAGCACCAACAGGAUUUACUGGCAAUCAAGCACCAACAGGAGCUGUUGGAGCACCAGAGGAAGAUGGAGCGGCAGCGUCACGAGCAGGAGAUGGAGAAGCAGCAGCGGGAGUUCAAGCUGCAACAGAUCAAGAACAAGGACAGGGGACAGGAGAGUGCGGUUGCCAGCACAGAGGUUAAGAUGCGACUGCAGGAGUUUGUCCUGAACAAAAAGAAAGCGCUGGCUCAGCGAAACCUAAACCACUGUCUGCCCAGCGACCCACGCUAUUGGUAUGGAAAAACCCAGCACAGCUCUUUGGACCAGAGCUCUCCUCCUCAGACAGCUUUGUCAGCUUACAACCACCCGAUGCUGGGCACAUACGACUCAAAGGACGACUUCCCGCUCCGUAAAACAGCCUCUGAGCCCAACCUGAAGCUACGUUCUCGGCUAAAGCAGAAGGUGACGGAGCGCCGCAGCAGCCCUCUGCUCCGAAGGAAAGAUGGUGCCAUCACCUCUGCCAUGAAACGUUCCUUAGACGUGGCAGAGUCUGCAUGCAACAGUGCACCGGGCUCAGGUCCCAGCUCCCCCAACAACAGCUCCAGUAACAUCCCCAGUGAGAAUGGAGUCACCAUCUCCAGCAGCCCAGGAGAGGCCUCCCUGCUUCAGAGGUUGGCUGCCAGGGAAGGUUCACUCAGCCAGCUCUCUCUCUACACCUCCCCUUCUCUGCCCAACAUCACCCUGGGACUGCCAGCCACAGGCCCUGCUAGCAGUUUGAUAUCAGGGCACCAAGAUGGUGAGAGUCGCUUGGCGCUGCCUGCGUUACAGCAGGGCAUUCCUCUUACUGCACCAUUUCUGCCCACUGCCCACCUGCCCCCCUAUUUGGCAUCCACAGCUCUGGACAGAGAGGGGGCUGGAGGGGUCACGGCUGGUCACAACCCCCUUCUCCAACACAUGGUGCUGCUGGAGCAGGGCCACAAUCCAAUGGUUGGUCUGGGUGGCAUCCCGCUGCCAUCGCCUGCUGUCUCCAAACUUGCACGGGGCCACCGUCCCCUGGGGAGAACACAGUCGGCCCCUCUGCCCCAGCAGCAGUGUGGACAGGCACAGGCCCUGCAGCAGCUGGUGGUUCAACAGCAGCACCAGCAGUUCCUGGAGAAACACAAACAACAGUUCCAGCAGCAGCAACAGCAACACAUCAUCAACAAGAUCAUGUCCAAGCCCUGUGAUCAGGUUUCAGCUGUAAGCUCUGGCCCCUCAGGACCCGCCCGGCAGCACCAGAGUCAUCCUGAGGAGACAGAAGAGGAACUUAGGGAGCACCAGGGACUCUCCUCCUCAUCCUCGACCUCCUCCUCUACGUCUGUACCGGAGUCAGGGCCUCUGCGAGGGCUGGUCAUUAAACAGGAGCCCCCAGACCCCCAAGAGCAAGAGGAGAGGGAGCAGAGGCAGGUUGAGCAGGACUACCUGUUCAGACAGCAGGCUCUUCUGUUAGAGCAGCAGCGGAUCCACCAGCUGAGGAACUACCAAGCAUCAAUGGAAGCAGCCGGGUUGUCAAUCAGCUUUGUAGGACACCGCCCCCUCUCCAGGGCUCAGUCGUCUCCAGCCUCCGCCUCCUUCCCUCUGGUAGCACAGGAGCCGCCUGCCAAGCCUCGAUUUACUACAGGUCUGGUGUAUGACUCAUUGAUGCAGAAGCACCAGUGUAUGUGUGGUAACACCACCAUUCACCCAGAGCACGCUGGACGUAUCCAGAGUAUCUGGUCACGGUUACAGGAAACAGGCCUCAGAGCGCACUGCGAGUGUAUUCGUGGGAGGAAAGCCUCAUUGGAGGAGCUACAGACAGUCCACUCUGAAGCUCACGUCUUGCUGUACGGAACCAACCCACUACGGCAGAAACUAGAUUGUUCGGUUAGUCCCAUGUUUGUGAGGUUACCGUGCGGAGGAAUUGGGGUGGACAGUGACACUAUCUGGAAUGAGGUUCACUCCUCCAGUGCAGCUCGCCUGGCUGUCGGCUCAGUGGUGGAGCUGGUCUUUAAAGUAGCAGCUGGAGAACUGAAGAAUGGUUUCGCUGUGGUUCGACCACCAGGACACCACGCUGAGGAGAGCACCCCCAUGGGGUUCUGUUACUUCAAUUCAGUUGCCAUAGCAGUGAAGCUCCUGCAGCAGAGGCUCAAUGUCAGCAAAAUCCUUAUCGUGGACUGGGAUGUUCACCAUGGUAAUGGCACACAGCAGGCCUUCUACGCAGACCCCAGCGUCCUCUACCUGUCACUGCACCGCUACGAUGAUGGGAACUUCUUUCCAGGCAGUGGUGCUCCGGACGAGGCGGGCAGUGAAGCAGGUGUGGGCUUUAAUGUGAACAUGGCCUUUACUGGAGGACUGGAACCUCCCAUGGGUGAUGCAGAGUACCUGGCUGCUUUUAGGACGGUGGUUAUGCCUAUCGCCAAUGAGUUUGCCCCGGACAUGGUUCUGGUAUCUUCAGGCUUUGAUGGAGUAGACGGACACGCUCCACCCCUGGGAGGAUACAAACUGACAGCCAAAUGCUUUGGCUACCUGACCAGGCAGCUGAUGGCUCUGGCAGGCGGUCGGUUGGUGCUUGCCCUGGAGGGGGGUCACGACCUCACUGCCAUAUGUGAUGCGUCUGAAGCCUGCGUCUCUGCUCUGCUCGGCAAUGAGUUGGACCCCAUUCCUGACGAGGUGCUGCAGCAGAGACCGAAUACCAACGCUGUUCGCUCCAUGGAGAAAGUUAUUGAAGUUCAAGGUAAAUACUGGCGCUCGCUGCAACGCUCUGCCUCCACUCUUGGUUGUUCGUUGAGUGAAGCCCUCCGGCAUGACGCAGACGAAGCUGAGACUGUCUCCGCUAUGGCCUCACUGUCUGUCGCCAACAAGCACAUUGGAAAGAGGGCUGAAGAGGAACCGAUGGAAGAGGACGCUACUAUGUAAAAAGUCAUCUCUCUCCUCCGACCACCCACAUCAGUCUUCAUCUUCGACAGUGUCCUCAUCCAGUCAGUGUCACACUCCUGCAGAAGUCUCACCCCUGCCAUGUCACACUGACACCUUCAUGUGUGAGAUCCAACAGAACAUUUAAAGGAACACUGCAGACGAGAGACACAUGCACUGAUCAGCAGUGCACAGACUGAUCAGCACACAUGUGUUUCUUCAACACCUCGUGUAGAAGAAGACUGACUCAACCAUCCAACCAACAAUGACAACCUUGAGUGCCAGUGCUUUUUAAACACUAGACAAUGAGUAGUUUUGCAAUGCCAGUCAGAACUGUACACAGACUAUCUGUAGUCCCCUUUAUUUCUUAUUAGUCUGUUCUGUCUGCGCGUUCAUUUUCAUCUAAAACCACCAGAGCUGACGUGAUUGUGACUCUGCACUACAGAUGACUUUCCCCUGCUCUUUUAAGACAUCCUGAUGAACGGAACAGAGAGGUUGAAUUUCCACAAGUUUUCUUCAAGGUUACUGAGAGGAAAAGUCAGCAGGUGUUCUGAUCCCACAAUGAUCGACAGUGAAAGACUGUGUUCGUGCCUUUUUUUUCCAAACCUGGCGGAUUCUGAUGAACUCUCCUGAAAGAGCUUUGCCUUAAAAAACAGGUUUGGGAACGAGGCCUCUUCUCCCCAACCUCUCAAACAUUUUUUACCCUGGCAAGACAUCCAAUGCCUGCAUGUUGUUGGCACAUACACUGGAGGACCUUGUCAUGUUUACCUAUAACUUUCUGCAAGAAGCCUUCUGUCUCUCCCUCUUUCUUCAUUUCUCCUUUUCUCCUUCCUUUUUGAUCGGAGUUUAGAGGGUAGUUCCCAGACAUAAGUUGGAGUUGGUUCAUUGGAAUUUUGUGCAAAAGACUUUCAUAUAGAUCUUGCAAACCUUGUUAAUCAUAUCUUGAAAGCACCACUGAACGAUUGGACUUUGUGAAAACAACAGAGCUAAGAAAAUAUUCUUGACUACAAACUUCUCUAACAACAUAGUGUCGAACACGCAUGAUGAAACCACAUGUUUGCAUAUUAAUGAUUUUUGGAACACAUUUCAUUUGUUCUGGAGAGUGAAAGUGAACUCCGCCCAGACCUUGACGCCACAACAAAUCAAUUCAGACUGUUAACUACAGGAUACCAAAUAAAGUACUGUAGGGAAUACCAACAAAGCAAGCACACCUCCCAAUAGUUCAGCCUGAAGACAACAGCUGACUGAAGCUGCGGGACAUUGCAUCCCGAUGACCCGUCUUGGCCACAGACCCGAUCAGAUGGGCAUUAGCUUUCCUGAAGAGCAGACUCAAGUAGCACACACUGUACUAGAACCACAAGACUUCUAAACCAGACUCCUAUGUUCACCAUAUGUCGUAAUUAAACAGCAAAGAGGCCAAAGUAUGAUGACAUUUCAGUCCACUGAAUGUUAGCAUCAGACUCAGUCUCAUGUUUUGCAGGGUAAUGACACACAGACAGAAAUUAGUCACACAUGGGCCAAUUUGUUGAACCCGCCCUCUCUUUAGGACAACUGUGUCUCCAUGGUAACAAUGACCAUACCACCUGGGAUUUUCCAAAGGGGUGUUCCAGGGCCGCACAGACUCCCACAGCUGGUUGAACAUCUUUGGCCUCUUGUUAAGCACAUCUGCUGCCCAAAUGUCAGGUGCUGUGAGGCAGGUGUGUGUACAUCUGCUCUCUUACAGUGCAGUUCAUGCCGCCCUUUAUAAAUAUUCAAGUGUAUACACAUAUUUUUACGGUUACUGUUCUUUCUUAAUCAUCCUUUUGUCUUGACCUCUGCUGCAGCUGGUGGACUAUGGAUGGUUGCAACAUUAAAUCGCACAUGAAGCUCAGAUUCAGCACAGAAAUCUGCAAGCCUUCUAAAAACUUUAGAUGAUGGAGGUAAAGAUUGGUUUGCUAUGCCUGAUACAGCUCACGACACUGGUUCUAAUUGAACUUGACCGUCCAUUGUUGCAGGAAAAACACUGUACUCACAAGUUUCUUUUUUCUCUUUUACAAAUGUAAAAGUCAAACUUUAACGUCCAAAGUCAAUUUCCAAUCUUUAACCAUCCUUCCAACUUGUGUUUGGCCUCUGGGGAACUGCCGUCUUCACACACAAUCAACUACAAUGAACAGGAUGCUGGGUGCAGUGAUGUUUACUGCUGUUUACUGUACAUAUGACAACGAUCUCUUGAGUAUUCCUGCCACACAGAACUGUCAAUGACUACUCUCCUUUUGUUCUGUUGAUCCUUUUUCCUCUGGUCUGCGCCUUUUUCUAAACCUGUCGCCCUUUCAGUGGACUCCAGUGACUUCUUCUUGUACAUUUAAAUGUGUUCUCCUGUUGGUUUGUUCACUUGCCCCUCUCCUUCGCUCUGUUACAUUGUAAAGCUGACACACUUCACCCCAGGUGAGGGAUCAGACUCUGUUUUAUGGACAUUACAUGACUUGGUUUCUGGGUUUAGGGUUGCUGUGGGAGGGUUGGGAUGCAAAUGUUUUUACUUUGUAUAUUGAUGGACAAUUGUGUAUUUACUGUAUGUUCAUAGUAGAUUUAUAUAUAAAAAGAAAUGAGUAUAUUAUAUAUAUCUAUACAUAAUGAAAUAUUAUGAUCUUGUUUUUGAAGUUGGUAUUGAAUGAUACUUUUCAUGGGUCUUACAUUCAGUCUUCACUUGUUGGGGUGUCAUUGAAGGCACCGUGCGCUGUCCUUUGUUACAGUUUGUUACAUGUUGAGAGGCAUUUGAAUGGCUGUCUUCUUCUCCUUUGCUGACUAGCUCCUGGCUUUAUUCAUUCUGUCUGUAUCAUGACACUGUUACAGUACCUGUGCCAUCGUCCUCGUGUGUAUUUUUACAUUCCAACCUUUUUUCUAAAAUAUCAUGUUAUUUUUUUUGUUUGAAAAAAAUUGGCAGACCCCUUUCAAAUGUCGACUAUAGUCAGAAAUAUACGACUAAAACUCAAAGUCUUUUUAAUACAUAUCACAAAAUCAACCAAAGACCCAUUUCUUCCUCUCUACAGGGUUUACAAGUUCAUCCUCUUAAAGCAACAGAAGUCGGGAGGGGUAGGAACAUGGUCUUACAUUAAAUCACUCUUAUUGGCUCUGGAAAGAUUUCACAAUAUCAUCACUUAUAUCCUUAUCUGGCUUAGUGGGCUUAAUUUUAAUUAAAAUCAACCUUCCCCCAAAUAAAUCUAGCUCUUAUUCUUAAUAUCACUCAUCCACCAAGAGCUGCCUCCUUGUUUCAGGGUGGCCUGUUCUCAGUGAGACGGACCUUUACCCAGCAGAGCUCAGGUGUUUGAUCCCUGCAGCAACUCCAACAAAAUCAGAACUCUAUUCUUGCACUAUGAAAAACUUCUGUGUCUUAUGGGAAUGUUUGCAAUUAUUGUUAUUGCUGAAAAUUAAAUCAGAAUUUCAAAGAGACUGAAUGUAUCUGA